UAAAAAAAAAAAAAAAAUUCUAAUAUAUGAUCUAAAUAAUGUGUGCGUAUGUGUAUGUGUUUGUCUUUGUUUCUCUCUUUUUUUUUCUUGAUCGAAUUCUUUUUAAAAUAAUUCAAAAACAAGUAAAAGAAAUUCCAUAGUAGAGAGAUAAGACCAUGGAACAGAACAGUGAAACCGUAAGUAGUUCUUUUUUGUUCCCAUACAUACAUAUAUACAUAUAUACAUAUAUGUAUAUAUGUAUACAUGCAUACAAGCAUACUGCGAACCGGUCGUGAAACUACUUUAUGCCACAUGAAGAGAGUCGAAGUCAGUCAUCGAGAAACUUUCGAAACGAACGUGCGUAUCCUGGCCCGAAUCAGGCCCAAGAUGGCUUUCGGUCUUACAUUCAUAAUCUUUGUUAUUAUCACUUUUGAUACAUUUAUUGAUGCUGGACCUUACGGAAAGAUCAACGAACAAAUACACAAUAUUACUACUUACGAUAAGGACGAUUCAUUGAACGAGAAUCAAAAUACCGAAAGUUUUAUUAUCAAUCAUGACAAGGAUAAAUCUAUACCAAUCGAUGAAUAUGAUGAUGAAUAUGAGGAUGAGGAUGAAGAUCUUGAAAAAUAUAGAAUUUCAUCGAGAAAAUUGUCAGAUGACGACAAUGACAGAUCAUUUUCCUUAUUUGGUACAGUUGAAUCUGUAUUCUCGGCAAUGGCAAAUAGUUUAAAUAAUAUUGUAAAUAGUAUGAUGGGAACACAGACGAAGAGUUCAGUUAUACGAGGCAACAGAGUUAGUUAUAGAAAUUAUCAAUUGAUAAGAAUAUUUCCUAUCACUGAGGAACAUAUCAAUGAACUACGUGAGUUAAGGGAUUCUGAGCCUGACGAUAUUAAAUUUUGGAAUGAGCCCAUAUUGAAUAGGACAACCGACGUCGUGAUCGCACCUGACAUUGUCUCGGAUGUCAAAGAAUAUUUGAAGGGUCAUCAAAUCGAUUUUAAACUGCUGAUAUCGGAUCUACAGAAGACGAUCAAUUAUCAAAAUCCAAAGAUGUCUAAGGAACAACGCGCUGAUCUUGUAACCAAUCAAGGACAUACCAUGACUUGGAGACGAUAUCAUCGAUAUGGUGAAAUACUUAGAUAUUUGGAAUAUCUUGCAUUCAGAUAUCCAACUAUGGUAGAAAUAAUUACUAUUGGUCAUAGUUACGAAGGAUUACCAAUAAAAAUGGCGAAAGUAUCGACUGGCCUUAAACGCGAUGGUGAACCAAAACCUGCGAUCUGGAUCGACGCCGGUAUGCAUGCCCGAGAAUGGAUCAGUGUUGCCGUUGCAACUUACAUUUUAAGUCAAUUAGUUGAAAGAAACUCGUCUUAUACGAAAUUGUUGGACCUUUCGGAUUGGAUAAUAUUACCUGUUGCGAAUCCCGACGGAUAUGAAUACACACAUACAUAUGAUCGACUUUGGAGAAAAACUCGAAGUUAUCAUGGAGAUCGCGAAGCCAGAUAUUCACCAUCGAGUUUGUUUCACUUGAUGUCACAUUAUACCAAAUGGUUUUGGUCGAAAUGCGAGGGAGUAGAUCCAAAUAGAAAUUUUGGAUAUCAAUGGGGUGAACGUAACAAUGGUGGAACUAGUUUGGAUCCUUGUCACGAAACUUAUGCUGGUCCUUAUGCUUUUUCUGAACCUGAAACUAAAGCAGUUGCGGAAUAUAUUAUGGCUAAUCGCCAGAAUAUUAGAAUGUAUUUGACGUUACAUUCAUAUGCACAAAUGUGGUUGUCACCUUGGGCUUAUGUUAGAGAAAGUCCAGCUGAUUAUUCGGAGUUAACAAACAUAGCUAGAAGAGCUGUAAAUGCAAUAGCAAAAGUUCAUGGUACACAUUAUCAAGCUGGUCCAGCAGCUGAUCUCUUAUAUCCAACGUCAGGAGCAUCGGACGAUUGGGCCAAAGUUACAGCCGGAAUAAAAUAUGCUUAUACCGUUGAACUUCGCGAUCGUGGUACUUAUGGUUUUCUACUUCCGGCAACACAAAUUGUACCAACUGGAAGAGAAAUUUGGGCUGGAAUACGAGCUAUUGCACGUCUAGUUACAUGCAACACGUAACGCUAAUCUAUUUACGUGAAUCUCUCGACUACUUGAAUUUAAUAGAGAAAUUAUCUAUAUAUGCCGAUAGAUCAAUAUAUUAUGAUAUAUAUUUAGAUACAAUUUGUCUCAAGUACAACAUUGUUAAUGUGUAUGAAUUUUUAAUUUAUAUUGCAAUGUUUCUCUUUUUUGUUUUUUUUUUUUUUUGUUUUUUUUUUUCAUUGGGACAUAUUAUAACUAGUCAAAAUUUAAUACAUUAUAUAUUUACGUACAAUGUAAUUAGAAAUGAAAAGACGGAGGUAUUUAAAUUGCAAAAAUUUAACUUAUAUCUAUGUUUUCUCUCUCUCUCUCUCUCUCUCUUUCUUUUAAUCUUUUAGAUUCAAUAAAUUCUAGAUAUACAUAAUAGAGCGAAUGCAUAAUAGAAUUUAUCCAUUGUUGAUAACCCUAAACUACUCAGGUUUUUAUAUACUUUUCAUAAUUAACCUAAUAAUCUUUUCAACGAUAUUAUUUAUAUGUAAUACUUCCUCAAAUGGUUUAAUGUAAGACUUGUAGUAAGAUUAAUAAGAUUAAAUUUAUAAUAAUAAUUAUAUGAUGUACUUGAGCAUACAAAUGCCAUGUGUACAGAUAUAAUAUUAUUAUUAUUAUUAUAUUAUUGUUAUAUAUAUAUAUAUAUUAAUAUUAAUAUAUAAAUUAUUCAUAUUUCUUAAAUAUAUAAUUUGUUUUCUACUUGAUGGUAUUUCGAUUUAUACCGAAAAAAGAAAAAUCUUAAUAAAAAUUUAUCAAAAUUAUUUUUUCUUCACGCUUGAAAUAAAUCAUGAAAUAAAAUCGUAUUAAUUGAGAUAUGUAAUACAAGUGUCUCAUGUUAAGAUUAAUUCGUAACACAUUGAAAGAAUAUAUACAUAUAUUUUACCAAAAAACACAAAAAAAUAAAAAACAUCAGCAAACACUUAUGUAUAAUAAAGAUCAAUGACAUAAUA